CUCACAGUAGUGGCCUGAAGCCUAACUGUCCACCGUGACCUUCAGUCCAGUCCACACACCACAGUCACAGCAAUGAACUAAAAAAAGUGCUCGUCCUGAUUUCCGAGAACGUUCUGAGCCUAUUUACAAAUGAUAAUAGCGGGUACACCCGCGAAAUUUCAAAUCAGUACAGACUGGUGCCAACACAUUAUCCAGUGAGGUAGUUGUUGCCCGAAAAGCGAUUCUUAUUACUUUAUCAGAUUCGUUAUACACUAUAUAAUACAUAUAUCUUCCGGUUUACUUAGCUUAAUAGGUAUAAUCCUCAUCAGAACGUCUGCCGUCAUGUCUGCCUCUAUGAUCCGCUCAUUCGGCCGUCACUGCCCCUUCAUGAAACGCACUGGUACCGCUGUACCCGCUCAGACGCACCAGCUCAACGCACUUGUCAGUCGCUGCCCCAUCAUGCACAAGGCUACUCUCUCAGUUAACAGUGCCGCAUCCGAAGCCGUCGUUGCCGAGCCAGUUUCUGACCCUAUCACGCCUACGCCAUCUGUGGAGCACCUUUUGGAGCCUACCGUGUUUGACGCUGCAGCGAAGGAAAAAGCACAUGAGGCAUAUCAAAACCUCAAACGUACUCAUCCUGAGCACGUACAGCACCUAAGCGCCUGCCCAGUUGUGGGCGAGGAGUGGGCGAAGCUUCAGAAUGUCGACGCUAUUCUGCGCUCAGAUGUAAUUCCUUCAGCCUUUGACUACGAGAAUUUCUUUGAGAAGAAGAUCAAUCAAAAGAAGGAUGACAACUCGUACCGUGUGUUUAACAACAUCAAUCGCUUGGCCAAGAACUUUCCUCGGGCCGAGGGUAAGGAGAAGGAGGACAUAACUGUGUGGUGUGCCAAUGAUUAUUUGGGCAUGUCCAGACACCCUGUAGUGGUCGACACUAUGCGGGAUGUGCUGCUUAGACACGGGGCUGGGUCUGGAGGUACUCGUAAUAUCAGCGGCAACACACGCUUCCAUCAUGCGCUAGAAGAUGAGCUUGCAGACUUGCACCGGAAGGACGCAGCGUUGGUGUUCACCUCGUGUUAUGUGGCCAAUGAUACCACGCUCCAGACACUGGCGAAGACUUUGCCUAACUGCGUAAUUCUGAGUGACGAACAGAAUCACGCAAGCAUGAUUGCGGGUGUGGUGAAUAGCCGGGCUGAGAAGAUUAUUUUUAAGCACAACGACCCCGUUGAUUUGGAGAAGAAAUUGGCUGCCCUUGACCCCAUGCGGCCAAAGAUCGUGGCUUUCGAGUCUGUAUAUUCAAUGUCCGGAGCCAUAGCACCUAUCGAAGAGAUCUGCGACGUAUCACACAAAUAUGGUGCACUCACUUUCAUUGAUGAGGUCCACGCAGUUGGUAUGUACGGACACAGGGGUGCCGGUGUAGGCGAGCAACUGGGAGAUCAUGUGAUGGACAAGUUCGAUAUCGUUACUGGAACUCUGGGCAAGGCUUAUGGUGUUAUCGGUGGGUACAUCGCCGGUUCUGAGCGACUAGUAGAUACUGUGCGUAGUUAUGGGUCUGGAUUUAUCUUCACCACUUCACUUCCUCCAGCUGUGACCGCUGGAGCGCGUGCGAGUGUCGCAUACUUAAAGAAUAGUCAGGUAGAGCGUAAUGGUCAGAGACAGCACGUACGCGAGCUUAAGACACGAUUGAACGAGCUGGGUGUGCCUAUGGUAGAGAGCCCUGGGCAUAUUGUACCAAUCUGGGUCGGCGACGCCAAGAUCUGCCGGUCCAUCUCGGACAAGUUGUUGCAGAAACACAACAUAUACGUGCAGAGUAUCAAUUAUCCAACUGUGCCCAUGGGCCAAGAACGUCUCCGUGUGACCCCUACUCCCGCUCACUCCACCGAUCUGCUAGAUACGUUCUCAGAGGCUUUGUUGGAUGUCUGGAAUGAUGCCGGUCUCUCUUACUUAGCGCCUAAUUCUCAGACAUGCACAAGGAGCAUGAUCAAUCCAAUCACCGCACGUCCUCUGACUGCUGAGGUCUAUUAAGGGCGACGGGGACCACGGAUUGAACCGUAAAUAAUAUGUAGAAAUAAGUCUACAAGCGAGUAAAUAGAUUCGUGAAAACAUUCGGCAUAUGUUAUUAUAAAAUUAAAGUCAACCACAUUCACUUUA